AAAGAAAAAAAAAAGCAAUUGGAAAAACCCUACCAGGGUUUUGCUUCACCAUCAACACUCUCCCUCAAAUUUGCAGUUGGAGUUUCACUGUGAGAAACAACGCAAACAUGCCUUCAUCUUCGAAUUCAAAGCAGAAGAAGCAAUCAAAGUCGCACUCACGGUUACCACCGCCGUCAACCCCCGAACCCGCCGCCACACCUUCCGACACGCAUCAACUCGCCGCUCUCUGCCAAGAAGCUUCUCGAACCUUCCCAUCUUUCAUCGCCGAAUCCUCCUUCAUCGGAGAAAUCACCGACGUCGAUACCGCCACCAUUUCCAAGGGCUCCAAAAUCUGGCUCUCUGAGCCUUCCAUGGUUUCCUCUUCUAUUGCCCCAGGCUCCAUUGUCUCCGUGUCUAUUCCGUCUUCAAGUAAAGGGAGUGAGCAAUUGCGUGGCUUUCCUCUCGCGUCGUUGGGUGAUGAAUGUGUCAAAUGCUUCGGAUUGGAAGCUUGUAAGACUUUGGAUGAUUUCCCGGGAAACUACUUUGCGCUCGCGACCGUGUUUCCUUCUAGUAAGGUUUUGAAGAAUGGAGUACGCCUGUCUUCAAACCUUUCUUAUACCCUGGGAUGUCCUCCUCUGGGCAAAAGUGUUUUUGUACACCCUUUACAGAGACAGCACUUAUCUGGUCUUUCAAAUGGGGGCAAUGAACUGCAUUCAGUAGAAAAUAAUAGUUUAUUAAUAUAUAAUUGCGAUGAAUUGUAUCUUGAGUUGGCUCCUUGUAAUGAUGGACUGCCGCUGAGAGUUAAUAACUCCCCCUUGUUGAACUUGUCUAAAGUGAAAUCCCGUCUCCAAUCUGAGAACCACAUUGUUGCAUCUCCUAAAACACCGUCUUAUGGAUCAAAAUUUUCUAAUGGUAGUGGGAUGACUUCUCCAAUAUUUGAAGAUUCAGCGUCAAGUGUAGCCAAUCAGAAUAGUCAGUCAGUGGUUUCAUUUGAUGUUAGAGAGGCAUUAGGGGAUGAAAGUUCCAAAAAGCUACUGCAGACAUCUGCAACUUCAUGCUUAAGUUCUCGUUGUUUACUUCUAGGGAAUCUUGUCAAUGUCCCUAUGUUUUCAGAGUUGUGCAUUUUUCAAGUGAUAGGAGCUAAAAAGGUGCCAGUUUCCACACCUGAUCAUUAUCCAUCGAGUGGAAAUGAUAGUUUAUACCUUGAAGAUUCUGACAUAGCUGAGAAUGUUAAUGUGGUUUUCACAACCAACUUUGAAACGAAGGUGUUUCUAUCUCUGCCAUCAAGUGCAGCAUCAGAAGAGCCAAUUCAAAGAGAUUUAUCUUCCGCUAAACUCAAACACAAGGUUGCUAAUGCUACAAUACAAGAUAAUAUUUCUAAAUUGGGUGGUCUAUCUGAAGAGUACACACUUUUAAAGGAUAUAAUUUCUUCAUUGCUCAUAGAUGCUAUAUCGAGGUUCGGUUUACGAAGUACAAGAGGAGUCCUUCUUCAUGGUCCACCUGGUACAGGAAAGACUUCCCUGGCUCAGUUAUGUGCUCGUGAUGUUGGGGUAAAUUUUUUCCCAAUAAAUGGUCCUGAGAUUGUUACCCAGUAUUAUGGAGAAAGUGAGCAAGCAUUGCUUGAAGUUUUUGAUUCAGCCAUUCAAGCUGCACCUUCUGUGGUAUUUAUUGAUGAAUUAGAUGCUAUUGCCCCUGCAAGGAAAGAUGGAGGUGAAGAGCUAUCUCAAAGAUUGGUUACAACCUUAUUGAAUCUCAUGGAUGGAAUUAGUAGAACAAAAGGGUUACUUGUAAUUGCUGCCACUAAUAGGCCUGACCAUAUUGAGCCAGCUCUUAGACGACCUGGAAGAUUUGACAAGGAAAUUGAAAUCGGUGUGCCAUCCCCUGUACAACGAAAAGAGAUUUUGCAUACUCUUCUCAAUGAAAUCGAUCACUCUCUCAAAGACGAAGAAAUUAAUGACCUUGCCACAGUCACUCAUGGUUUUGUGGGUGCUGAUUUAGCUGCCCUUUGCAAUGAGGCAGCCUUGAUUUGUUUACGGCGUUAUGCUAAUUUUAAGAAGACUUAUGAUCCUUAUUCUGAUAACAUAACGGAGCAACCUGGUCUGAUGAAUGGCGAAACACACUUGAGAGAUCAUUCAGGUGUUGUAACUUCAUCUGUUUUAGAUGAGACAGUGUCCUCCAGUCAUGUAUUACCUACCAGCACGAUGGGAACAACUGAAAUUAUGGAAAUGAUGUCUGAUAACUGUGAUGAAAAACUAAUGUUGAGAGUAAUUUCUGAAGAUUUUCAGAAAGCUAGGAUGAAAAUAAGACCCAGUGCCAUGAGAGAGGUAAUCCUUGAGGUUCCUAAGGUGAAGUGGGAAGAUGUUGGAGGCCAAGAUGAGGUCAAAACUCAAUUGAGGGAAGCAGUGAUAUGGCCCCAGGAACACCAUGAUGCAUUCACCCGUAUUAGAGUUCGCCCUCCAACUGGUAUAUUAUUGUUUGGGCCUCCAGGUUGUAGCAAAACCCUCAUGGCACGUGCAGUUGCUACUGAAGCUAGACUGAAUUUUCUAGCAGUCAAGGGACCUGAACUCUUCAGCAAAUGGGUUGGUGAAUCUGAGAAGGCUGUCAGAUCUUUGUUUGCAAAAGCAAGGGCCAAUGCCCCUUCAAUUGUAUUUUUUGAUGAAAUAGAUGGUCUUGCUGUAACUCGUGGGAAGGAAAGUGAUGGGGUUUCAGUGUCGGAUAGGGUCAUGAGCCAACUUCUUGUUGAAAUGGAUGGUCUGCAUGAAAGAGUUCAUGUUACUGUCAUAGCUGCUACAAAUAGGCCAGACAAGAUCGACCCUGCCCUUUUAAGACCAGGACGCUUUGACCGGCUGCUAUACGUUGGACCUCCAAAUGAGAUGGACAGAGAAAAGAUAUUUCACAUUCAUUUGCGUAAAAUUCCACAUGAUUCGGACAUUAGCCUUAACGAGCUGGCUCGGCUCACAAAUGGCUGUACUGGGGCUGACAUAUCACUAAUAUGUCGGGAAGCCGCUGUUGCAGCUUUUGAGGAGAGUUUUGAUGCUUCAGUUAUAACAAUGAAGCACUUAAAGAUGGCAAUCAAACAGGUUCAGCCUUCAGGAGUUCAGUCCUACCAAACACUGUCAGCAAAAUUUCAAAGGGCUGUUCCCUCUUGUGAUAUAAAAGAUGAAUCCGAUCACUGUUCUGAUGUAAAAGAUGAAUCCAAUCACUGUUCUAAUGUAAAAGAUGAAUCCAAUCAUAUGCAGUGCAAAAGUGGAUCCACUUGGUUCAACAUUUGGAAGUUCAUAAAAUCUUUCACGUUCUUCUGACAGAUUCUAGCCGUAUAUUUUAUUGGAGGACUGCUCGAAGAUGUUAACCACAAUCCACAGAGACUUAUUGUGUUCAUAAUAUUCCACUGAUUUGGUUCAUGUGCAUGAUUAUGAAGCUUAAUCAUGGGGAUCGUCUGCACUGCAAACUGACUAGAUUGAGCCUUUAUUCAAAGUAGAGUGCAGUAGCAAUGCUUGUCAUUGGGUUCAUUUUCUAUGUAGCAUAAAUUAGUUUAUACUUUGUGAUUGCUAUUUGUUUAUAUUUUAAAACCUGUACUUAGCAUUAGAAUCUUAUGAAGCAUCAAUUAAUUUAUAUAUGGUAUGAAAUUUUGUAUACACUGGUUCAAUUAAUGAGAUUAAAUUAUAAAGUUAUUUAGUGGAUUAA